AUGUCUGACACUCAACCGGACGUAAUUGGGAGCACGAAAGACGCUCAACAUGAAAGCAAGACCGCCAAUGCUUCCAUCAGCGUUGAAGGCUUAACGCAAGAUGUCAUGCGUCGUCGCCAAAGAAUAUCAGACCUCUUUACAAUUCUUUGUGCAGGAGCUGCACUUAUCUCGGAUGGCUAUCAGAACAACUUGAUGACAAUGUCGAAUGUGCUCUUCAAGAAGGAAUAUCCUGAGCAGUACACUUCGUCCGUCAGUACUCGGGUAUCCAACGCUCUCCUCGUUGGCGAGAUUCUCGGCCAAAUUGCCAUCGGCCUCACGUGCGACUAUCUAGGACGAAAGACAGCCAUUGUGCUAACCACAACGUGCAUUGUCAUUGGCGGUAUUCUAGCCACGGCAGCACACGGCACGACCAUCGAUGGCAUGUUCUGGAUGCUGACGGUAGCUCGAGGCGUCGUUGGCUUCGGAACUGGUGGCGAGUAUCCUGCGAGUAGCACAUCCGCUUCUGAGUCUGCCAAUGAGCGAGCAUUAAACAACCGAGGACCGAUCUUCAUCCUUGUCACAAACUUGCCGCUAUCUUUUGGAGGUCCGCUUGCGGUGUCUAUUUUCAUGGUUGCUCUCUCAGCCGCGGGAACUGACAAUCUCUCGACUGUGUGGCGUGUCUGUUUUGGAAUCGGGAUCUUCUUGCCGCUCACUGUCUUCUACUUCCGCAUACGUAUGCUCAACUCGAAGCUCUACCGGCGGGGUGCAAUCAAACGAAGGGUUCCUUAUGCCCUCGUUAUUCGCUACUAUUGGAAAACUCUUAUCGGCACUUGUGGUGCUUGGUUUCUGUACGACUUUGUUACGUUUCCAAAUGGGGUCUUCUCAGGUACCAUACUUGCCUCCGUGGUACCCAAGGGCGGCAACACACUUUUACACACGGCGGAAUGGCAGCUCUUACUCGGUUGCAUUGCUCUACCUGGUGUCGUUGGUGCUUGGAUGUGCGACAGGGUUGGCAGGAAAAACACCAUGAUGAUAGGGUUCGCGGGGUAUUUGGUGUUUGGUCUGAUCAUUGGCUGUGCAUACGACAAAAUCACCAAGAUUGUCCCCCUGUUUGUUGUUUUCUAUGGUCUCAUGCAAUCUUCUGGAAAUCUUGGUCCUGGAGAUAUGCUUGGUCUGCUCUCGUCCGAAAGCUACGCCACAAGUGUCCGUGGAACAUGCUACGGCAUCAGCGCAGCGCUGGGCAAGACUGGAGCAGCUGUAGGAACUCAGGCUUUCAAGCCCAUUCAACUGACUCUGGGAAAGCGCUGGACAUUUAUCAUCGCUGCAAUUUGUGGCAUAACAGGAGUUUUAGUAACAUACUUCUUUAUCCCGAAUGUCACUGGAGAGGAUUUGAGCAAGAAUGAUGAGAGGUUCCUUGCAUAUCUUGUGAAUCAUGGAUGGGACGGGGAGAUAGGGGAUGGGGAAUUGAAAGGUCCUGCCAAUGGUCUUGAUGCAAUUAUCUCAAAGAAUAAUGGUAAUACGGAGAAGGCAGAAUAA